AUGCAAAUUAUUUCAUUUUUUAAUAAAAUAAUAAAAAGAAAUACAUUUAAAAAUAUUUACACAACAACGAGUAGAAAUUUUUCUACGCCGUCAAAUUUUCUUGUAUUUAAUAGAGAAACAAAAAGAAUUCAAAAAAAUCGCGCGGCAAUAGAUGUUGAAAGUAGUAGGCAAGUUGAUUAUUUAAAAGAUGAAAUUGCCAGUAGACUUGUUGAUCGAUUAUUGGAUAUUAAACGUAAAUUUGAUACGGUAGUGGAUUUAGGUAGUGGAAGUGGACAUAUAAUAAAAUAUGUUGAUAAAGAUUUAAUGAAUAAGUUAAUUAUGUGUGACACAUCAGAAAAAAUGUUGGAAAGAGAUAAAGAUAUUAAAUAUGACGAUGUUGAAGUAGAAAGAAUUAUAGUUGACGAAGAAAUUUUACCAUUUGAAGAAGAUACUUUGGAAGCUGUUAUAAGUAAUCUUUCAUUACAUUGGGUUAAUGAUUUACCUGGUGCAAUGAUACAGAUACGUAGAUCAUUAAAACCUGAUGGUGUAUUUAUAGCAUCAAUACUUGGUGGUGAUACAUUAUUUGAACUUAGGCAAGCUUAA